GAAUUCAUCUCUUACCUGGCAUCUAAAAACAUAACUCUGUCCCAUCAACUGAGAUCCAUUUAUGAAGAGUACGGUUACCACAUUACCAAGAACUCCUACUUCAUCUGUCACAACCAAGACACCAUUAAAAAGUUGUUUGAGCGCCUCCGAAACUACGGAGUGGACAACUCGUACCCUAAAGAGUGUGGAGGUUUUGCCAUCAGUGCAGUGAGAGACCUUACAACUGGAUACGACAGCAACCAGCCCAACAACAAGGCCGUUCUGCCCACUAGUAAGAGCAGUCAGAUGAUUACCUUCAGUUUUGCUAAUGGUGGUGUGGCUACAAUGAGGACCAGUGGAACGGAGCCUAAGAUCAAAUACUACACUGAACUCUGCGCUGCACCAGGAAACAGUGAUCUCAACCAGUUGACAAAGGAGUUGGAUAACCUGGUUGAUGCCAUCGUGGAGCACUUCUACCAACCUGAGAAAAACGGCCUGACUCCCCGACCAGAGUGAGAGAUACCACAAUACGCCACUACCGGGAUGUUCUUAACUAAUUCUGCUCUUAGUCUUAAACAACCACACAUAACCAGUUUUAUCACAUGGGUCUUAAUCUAUGCAGGUUUCCUAUGCACUUUUAUCUGCUUUUAAUGCAGGAAACGUAGAUCAAAUCUGGUGCCACAUGAACAUAACCGUUGCCUUUUUCAUUUACUGGUUCAUUUCACCACUUCUCAGUUUUAUAAUCUAUGAUAUUAUGUUAUAUAUAUAUAUAUAUAUAUAUACAAGCAAUUAUUUUUAUUUGCCUUUUUAGACGUUUAGUAGUGAACUAUGAAUGUACUAAUUAACAGAGUUUGAAUUAAUUUAAAGGUUAUUUACCUUAGCAGAUAUUUUAGGUGAUUGACACAAAUGUUUUCAUAUUGCAGGAGUACAAGACAGUGUCUAGUUACUGUUCGAUUUAGACCAAAUAACCUCACAAAUCAGAAUGCCAGCUAUAGAUUAGCUAUGUUCAAGUCUAGAAUUAAACCAAAAAUCAUUUAAAAGGAAUGAGAGAGACCUUUACCUGGGACAAAAAGACUGAUACCGAUUUUAAGCUUGCCAAGUUUAUAUGAUUCCAUUGCUUCCUCAUUCCACCAUCUGUAUUUAGUGACCUUUAGUUGUGUAAUUUAUGAAAUGUGAGGUGUUUGUAAAUGUUUGUCAACAUUUUGAGAUUGGGAACAAGUUUGUAAUGUUUUAUUCUCUCCUCCCCAUUCCAGCACAUGAGUUGUUUUCUUGAAAGCAUAAGUGCUUGACCAAGUAGAUUUCUGGCAAUUAAGUAACUUGUUUUGAAACAUCAAAUAGCCAUUGCAUUGAGAUUAAUGCUGUAUUACCAGCACAAUGGGCUAUAUGCACACAGACUUUUAAUUUUCAACCAGGCAGCCCAAGGGCUUCCGGUGAACUGUCUUUCCAUAACGUUUAAGAUCUGAUUUCUUUAAAAAUCAGCGAUAUUCACUGCCUGUUAGAUAUACGAUAUGAAGUGAGUCUCAGAUCGGACAAGUAGCACUGCAUUAAUAUAUAUUUCCCCACCAUGUUUUUAAAAUAUAACAAGUAUUUUCAAUGGAAUUUCUGCGCUAGCCUGUUGCCACAGACAGCCCUAGCUGUCUUUUAUCUCGUUUUAGGCUUCAACAACUAAAUGAAAGCUAAGUUUAUUUAACUGAAUGUAAUGUAAUUACAUUACAACAUCGAUGCUGUAAAAACAAUCUUGUGAAAUUGAAAAUAGUCACAUUAAGCUUUCACCGGAAGUUUAUCAUUGGCUUUAAAACUCUAGCUGUGCAUAGAGCCUAUUGUUCACUAGUUAUGAAUUCAUGUUAUUUUAUGUAAAGCUGACCAGUCAGUCCACCAUCUUUUUCAUGUAAACAGAUUUAAUAUGUUUCGGGUGCUAUUUAGUUUAACAUUUUAAUCACAAAGUUGUUUAACCCCCUGUUUUAAAUGAAUAAACUGCAAGUGGUCACCA